AACAAUCAUUGGUCAUUGGGCGAAUUAUCCUAUUCAACACUCAUUGCUUUCCAUCUUUCUCUCUCCUUCGUUUCCUGCGACACAUUCCGUUCUCCACUUUUUCUCUCUUUCUUUCAAUUCCAUCUCUCGCACCUUCCUUCCACAACCUUCACCUCAUCGCGUUGAUAGAUCACUUUCAAUCAUGCCAAGAAAUUGAUGCUGAGAUGGGUCUCUAGUAAGGGAAUAGUUUGAAUUGAAGAGCUUGGCGUUGGUGGAUGAUUGGUUGUGGGGGACUGUUUGGGGUUCUUAUGAAGAGUGCUGGAACUACUGAGUUGAAUGCCUUCUACCCCAUUCGACCAGAAUGCCAAGCUGAUGUUCCCGCCCCUCGUUUUAAACCAAGGGUGAGCUUUUGCUUCUCAACCAAUGCUUUCUUGGCUGGCAAAACUCUAAGUCAAAGAAGAUGGCUAGCAUCAUUCUCUGCAGAUGGUCACUUGGAUAUUGCAAAAGUGCUACGACGAAUUCAGCGAGGGGGUGUCCAUCCUUCAAUCAAAGGGGAAGUGUGGGAGUUCUUGCUAGGUUGCUAUGAUCCUAACAGUACACUUGAAGAACGGAAUGAGCUCAAGCAACGCAGGAGGGGGCAGUAUGAUAUGUGGAAAGCUGAAUGUCAAAGGAUGGUCCCAGUCAUUGGUUCUGGAAAAUUUAUUACUACACCCCUCAUUGAUGAUGAUGGUCAGAUAAUAGAUCCUUCUUUGGUAACUGUCCAGACUUCAGACAAGAAAGUUUUGCAGUGGUUGCAGUUAUUACAUCAGAUCGGCCUGGAUGUUGUUCGAACAGAUCGGGCCCUUGUCUUUUAUGAAAGUGAAGUUAAUCAAGCAAAACUUUGGGAUGUGCUAUCAGUUUAUGCUUGGUUGGACAAUGAUAUUGGUUAUGUACAAGGAAUGAAUGAUAUUUGCUCACCUAUAAUUAUUCUUAUUGAGAAUGAAGCAGAUUGCUACUGGUGCUUUGACCGUGCAAUGCGAAGGAUGAGAGAGAACUUCAGGUGCAGUGCAAGUUCAAUGGGGGUCCAAUCUCAGUUAGCUACACUCUCACAGAUAAUAAAAACAGUUGACCCUAAGCUUCAUCAUCACCUUGAGGAUUUAGAUGGAGGAGAGUAUCUCUUUGCAUUUCGGAUGCUUAUGGUUCUUUUCCGAAGAGAAUUUUCUUUUGCAGAUACUUUAUACCUUUGGGAGUUGAUGUGGGGCAUGGAAUACAACCCAAAUAUCUUCAUAAAUUAUGAGGAUCCAGAUUCUAAAACAAGAGGUCCCUCACCAGCAAAUGACAAAGUUUUGAAGCAAUAUGGAAAAUUUGAGAGAAAAAAUGUGAAGACUGGCUAUACAGAGGAACAUAGUGCACUGGCUGUUUUUCUUGUUGCAAGUGUUCUUGAGAUCAAGAAUCGGCGGAUUUUGAAUGAAGCCAAGGGUGUUGAUGACGUUGUCAAGAUCUUGGGUGACAUCACCUCAAAUCUUGAUGCUAAAAAGGCAUGCACUGAAGCACUGAAAAUUCAGAAAAAAUACCUGAGCAAGACCAAGAAGUGAUGACAGAGAUAAGAAUAUAGAUCUCCUGCAACUAUAUGAUGGCUUCUGAGGUUUCACUUGCUCUUCACAGACCAUUGUUUUCUUUCUUUCAUUUUUUCCUUCUCUUUGAAAAAUACUUCUAUGACGAUGUUGCAAGGUCUAGAGAACAAGAAAACCUCAACUUUAGAUACAAAAUUCAUUUAUUUGGUUUAUUUUGUUGAAAUGAAGUUUGAACUUAGGAUAUGAUGUAAAUUAUUUAAAUUCUCUACAACUAGGUCGAUUUUAGUGAGUUGUAUAUUAUAAUUUUGAUUUUGUUAAA